AUGGCCAUGGCCGCGCGGACGACCGUACGCCUCAUGCCCGCCCACAUGCGCUUCGUCAACGGCGUCUCGCGUGCGUACGACGACGAGUUCCCGCCAGAGCUGCGCCAUCUGGUGGACGAGACGCAGUUCACCCACGCCAUCAACCAGAUCAACAACACGCUCACCGACUACUGGCCGUGCCUCUUCUGCGUCUGCUACGGCUACGCGUGCUGCGUCUGCACUGGCGGCCUCUCGCUGCUGUGCCCACACAUGUGCAUUAGCGACGCAGAGCAGUACGCCCGAACGCUCAUCGACCGCAUCAACCACCGCCCGUGCUUUCAAGACGUUGGCGUCGAGUGGAAGUUUGUCAAGCGCUGCGGGCGGUCCUGGAUUGAGAUUUCGUUCCCCAACACCAACAACUACUCCAAGAAAGGCAGCGACGGGGGCGGCAGCUACCAAAAGGUGCUAAUCGCGAGCCCGGCCUCGAGCAGCCGCACGACCGACGACGCCUCGCCGACGCUCUUGUAG